AUGUAUUUGGAAAAAUUUCAAUGUAAAAAUGGAGAUUGUAUAUUAAGUUCAUUAUUAUGUGAUGGAAAAGUAGACUGUAAAGAUAAAUCUGAUGAAACAAUUAUGGAGUGUAAUAAACCUGGAAUUGCAUGUCCAGAUUAUGCAUUUCGAUGCUCAUAUGGUGCAUGUGUAGAUGGAGAUGCAACUUGCAAUGGAAUAAAAGACUGUAUUGAUAAUAGUGAUGAAACACUAUCUAGAUGUACAGGCACUUCACAAAAUGAACACACAUUAUGCUCAAAAAGUCAAUUUAAUUGUAAUAAUGGGCAGUGCAUUGAUAAGGGUAAAUUAUGUGAUGGUACUGCGGACUGUACAAAUGGUUCAGAUGAAACAUUUAUUCAAUGUGGAUCAUUACCGUGCUUACAGCGUCUUUUUCGAUGUAACUAUGGUGCCUGUAUUGAUGGUGACUUAAAAUGCAAUGGUGUCAGUAAUUGUGCAGAUGGUUCAGAUGAAAGUCCUGAACUAUGUAGAGACACUGAUACAUCAGUUGAUUUCACUUCACGACCCACUACAAUUUCUACCACUUCAUAUCAACCUGAUAUAUCAGAUGAUUUCACUUCACGACCCACUACUUCAAGACCUUACCAUCCUCCAACUUUAGGAUAUUGUACUGUACCACCACAACCAGAAUAUGGAUAUUGGAAAUUACAUAAAUCACUGUGUUGUAAUGCUGAUGUAGAUGGUCAAUUAUGUGACCAUUGUGAUGUUAAUCAAGGUACUCGGUUAGAGCAAGGUACUCGGUUAAUUUAUGGUUGUAAUCCUGGCUAUAUGAUUAGAGGUAAUCUUGAGGUAUUUUGUGAUACAAGAGGUAAAUGGUUAAAUAUUCCAGUUUGUACAGAAAUACGCUGUAAAGCUUUGCAUUCAGCUUCAAGAAAGGCAGAAUGUUCAUACCAUGGAGAAUAUGUACCGUGUACAUCUUCUGUCUUACCCGGGACAGUAGCAAGAUUAGCAUGUAGAAUUAGUUAUAAUCAAGAUAAGACAUUAUUUUCUGUCACUUCAUCACAAGUUACCUGUAAUAGAACUGGUCAAUGGGAACCGGAACCGAUACGAUGCAUCCCAGCAUGCGGUCUUUCAUCCCCAAGAAAUGUACCACUUAUUGUAAAUGGAACUUUACCUCACAUUACUGAAUUUCCAUGGCAUGCUACACUCUAUAGAGCAGAGAGUCCUUCUUCACCAAAAAAAUUUAUUUGUGGUGCAACUAUUGUUGCUGAAAGACUUUUAAUAACAGCAGCACAUUGUAUUUAUGACGAAAUUAAUAGAAAAGUACAAGAUGCUUCAACAUUUCACAUAGUCACAGGAAACAUUUAUAGAGAUUUUGAUUCUCCUUUACACGAUAUAAGAAUAGUGAGGAAAGCCCAGGUAAAGAAUGUGUAUAUUCGUUGUACCUAUCUUGGACUUGACGGAAAUUAUGCUGAAGACAUAGCUAUACUAGAAAUUGCAGAAUCAUUUGCAUUUACAACUACAUUAAUACCAAUAUGUUUAGAUUUUGCUAACAGUUACAAUCCAUUAUUAGAAGCUGGAAUUUUCGGAAAAGUGGCAGGAUUUGGAAGAACUGCUGUAGGAGAAUCUAGCUUCAUUUUACAAGCAAUUACAGUGCCAUAUGUUACACUUCAACAAUGCAAAUCAUCAAGUAUUCAAUUUGAGACUGAAAAGUAUAUCACAGCUGAUAAAUUUUGUGCAGGUUAUACAGAUGGUACAUCGGUUUGUGAUGGUGACAGCGGUGGCGGCUUGGUUGUCCAGAGAGGCGGAUUAUGGUAUUUAGGAGGUAUUGUUAGUGUUAGCCUUGGCACAACGCAGUCGGGAGGGGAGAGACACUGCGAUAGUUACGCAUAUUCUUUAUAUACACGAAUUUUUGAUUACAUGACGUGGAUUCACAAUAUUGUAAUCAACGUAGGAGCCCAAAAAAAGCCACCAGCAUGUUUUGCAUCAUAAUAAUUCUUUUUGCAUUUAUCUAUAUCAAGUAAUUCUAUCGAAACAUGCAAUGUUUACCUUUAAAAGUGAGGUUUAAUUGAAGUCUUACAGAGUUGCCUAUGACAAUAUGUACACAUAUGUAUAAUGUAGAAAAACCAUAAUUACAUUAUACUCAUUGUACCAA